AUGGAGGAUCUGUCUCUCCAUAGCCACCAUGGUCUUCUAGAGCGAUACGAGAAUACAAAUGCCAAUUCUUUCUGUGAAAUGUCAGCAAUGACACAAGAUAUGUUGACAGAUUUCCAAGAAUCCAACAUGUUCUUCGGUUUUGAUAAUGGGAAGGUGAUGGCCGAAGCAAACCCCGCUCUCGCCUUCAACAGCUUUCAAGGCUACGCACCUGCCACCUUUGGGUCGCUUGAUUCACAAUGUCCUUCGAGUGAUAUCCCAUCUUUGAUGGAUGAUUUGUGUUCGCCAGCGGCCACAUCCGAAUCAUCGACAGCCAUGAACUUUGUGGACCCGACACAAACGACGUUGAUCGACACACUUGCCGAUUUUCAGUCAUCUCCCAUAGGCCCUCUCACGCCUGUGAAGUUUGGCACUCCUUCAUCAGACUUCAAUGCUCAAGGAUCAUUCAAUAAUUCCCCCGCAGGGACAUCCAGUACAGGAUAUCUGCUUCCUCCGCAAAAUUACCGGGACCUCAGACAUAAUUUGAUCUCUCCAGUACGACAGCAACACCUCCGAAGGCCAUAUUUUGAGUCACCUGAAAGCACAGCUGCUCCUCAAAAAAUCCAAGCAACAACACCCACAAGAGCAGCAGCCCGCAGAAAUAUAAAGCGAGAACCAACACUAUCCAUACGAAUAGAAAACAGUGCCAAGCUACCAUGCCCGCAUCCUGGAUGCGACAAGAAGUUUCAAAGAAAAGAACAUCUCAAAAGACAUGAAGUGAUACACAACCCCCUUGCUCUCAAAUACCCAUGUCCCUUCUGCGAAAGAAAAUUCGGUCGCACGGAUAACUUGAAACCCCACAUCGAACGCCAUGGAAGGGUAGAUAGAAAGGCUGCUCGAGUUGCAUUUCAUCCAGAUGCGGAGAUGGCGGUUACGACCCUGGCAAGAAAGAGUCGUAAGACCAAAGGCUUGGAUGCGAAAUCCCUGUCGUCGAGGACGAGAUUGAGUGGUUGUUAA